AUGUUCCCUGACCUAGCUACUUUUGCUACAGUCGCUGACCUCAUUACGCACCUCCGCACUAGUGACACCCGCUACCGCGCUGCGCUUCCUGCUGAGUUCUGCGCUGCAACCCCCCCCCCUAUGGACCACUUCCUCUCCCUUUGCCCCACCACGCUCACCAUGCUCGAGGAGCGCCUCCUGGCAAUAGAGAAGAGCAUAGUCGCUGUAGGAGCCUCUCGUGGUGACCCUUGUGCCCCUUUCUUUGAGGGGUGCUCCCCAGUCCCUCUUUUGCCCUCUGAUGCCUCUGCUGUUGCUGUCGACCUUGUUGGCACCGAGUCGGUCGGCACUGCGUCUGCUCCCAGUGGGAGGCGCCACAGCGGCACGUGCAAGGGAGGCAAGGGUACUGGAGGGGAUGGCGGGGGCGGUGGUGGUGGUGGUGGUGGCGGUGGAGGGGGUGGGGGUGGAGGUGGGGGUGGUGGCGGUGGAGGCGGUGGCGGCAGCGGCGGUUGGGGUGGAGGCGGCGGCGGCGGCGGCGGUGGGGGUGGCGGCGGUGGUGGUGCUGGUCGGGGUGGAGCUGUGCAGCGCGGUGGCUCUGGUGGUGGUCAGCGCCAGCAGCAGCAGCGCCCUCGUGAGACCCUGUCGCCCCAGCAGCUUCGUAAGUGGUACGCUGGGCGUGGGAGGUCUGGGGGUGCUGGUCCUUGUGCUUACGUUCUCCGCACCGGCGAGCGCAGUGGGGAGACGUGCGGAGGGCCGCUCCACGCCACGCACCGCUGUUUCGGUCGCCUGACUAACACUUGGCGUGCACAGUUUCCUGACGCCACGGAGCUUCCUCGCUGCGGUGAUCUGUUUAGGUCCAGGGUUCCUAUCUUUGAUCUUGACUAUGAUGCUAUCCUUGCUGCUAUGUAUGCUGUGACUAUAAGUGCUGAGGGUGACUGCUACCUGUGUGUUCCGCCAGACCUGAGCAUUGGGGCUGCUGCUCUAGGUGCUAGUGAGUCGGCUGAUCCAGGUGCUAGUGAGUCUGCUGCUCCAGGUACUCGUGCGUCUGCUGCUCCAAGUGCUAGUGAGUCUUCUCUCUCAGGAUCCGCGUAG